AUGUCUUAUCAAGUCUACGAAUCAGGUGUCUUACCAGCCUCCAUCUCAACUGUGUGGCCACUCGUUAGUCAAUUCGAUGGCUCCCCAAAAUGGUCAGCUGUUGUUGAAGAGAGCACUAUUGAGAAUUCUGUAAAUCCACAAACCAUUGGCUCCAUUCGCUGUCUCAAAAUUCGAGGAGUUUCAACACCAGCAAGGGAGGAAUUAAUAGCCCUUGAUCAAAUCAAUCACACUUUUACUUACAAACUAUUGCAAGCUGGUGGGGCCUUUGCUGAGCUGCAAAACUACACAGCAACCAUCAAGGUCAGUGAAAUUACACUCACCAAUCAAACUUUCUUUGAGUGGAGUGUUCGAUUCAAUUGUCCUGCAGAGAGAAGUGAGGAUUUGACUCAGAUUGUGCACUCGGCCUAUCGUGGCGGAAUUCAAUCACUUAUUGAACAUCUCGAAUCUCCAAAGCAAUAA